GUGAUGAACCGACUAUGAUCAUGUGUCAGUGUUAACGUAAGCAAAUAGCACGUGGGCAGGCGAUGAUGAAGGUCACAGCGAACUCAAGCAUCUACUGCGAUCACUGCGACUGCGGUUGACGAGCAGAGCAUUGAUAUACCAUUGUUAUCCAUCGCUAUACCUAACUGACUUGCUGUUGACUUGCUAUACCAUCUAACCUACACCCAAGAUGUCAUUCAUAGAUACCCUUCAAAAUGGUCUUGACCGCAUGUUACCAAGGAGGUCGAAGACUAGAACAGUACCACCAGCAGUUGGGAUAGGAAAUGGGCUUGGUAUGGUCAACUACGAGGACGACAUGAUUAUAAGCAAGCCUGCUAUCAUAUUUCACAUUUCCCAGAUAUUCUUCAACUUCCUCGCAAUGGCUUGCUUUGCAAGCGUAGCCAGUUUUCAAGCAAAGUGGGGAAUAGGGCCUUCCGGUCUCUCAGGCUUCGCGAUCUUCGUGAGCAUCUCAGGAAUAUUCCUAGCCCUAUUCCUCCUCUUCGUACCCGUCGUAUACGAAAAAUACAACAAACUAAUUCGCAUAGCCCGCACCCUCAAAGAAGUACGCGUCGGCUUCAUCCUCGUUGGCAGUGGCUGCAUCUUCAGCCUCCUCAUCGCAUUUGUCACCACAAUAUCAGCGUGGACAGAGGCUGGGUGCAAAAAUGCGGCUAACGAUCCUCAUGCGAGCCUUGGCGACGCGUUUACGAGUGCUCUCCCUGGCUGGUGCAGUACGAAGAAAGCAGGCGCUAUAUUCUUUUGGUUGGCGUUUGGCUUCUGGCUUGCAUCCUUUAUCUUGCUUAUCAUCGACUGGCGCUCCGGGAACCUCACAUCCCCUCCCCGCGACAUCCCAUUCACGCGUCCCGACGUAGACAUCGAAGAAGGUGAAGAAGUAGUAGAAGAAGUAGAAGAAGACGGACAUUCAUACCAACCCGUCGCCACCAACACAGCACCCACAUACCCCAACCAAUCAACAUACGACAACUCCAACGCCUCCGCAUCUCCAUUCGCAGACUCCAACCGCCUCUCAAGUGCCCCCACCAACAACAGCACAACCUACCUCCAACCAACCAACACAAACCGUUUCUCAACAGCAGACUCGAGUGCUAAUCGUACAUCUGCAUAUUCGACAGCGCCCACUACUACCACCGCUCCUACUACAAGUACGAACAUGAACUAUGCUGCCUCGAGACCUAGCAUGGACGCGUAUGGCGCAUUUUCAGACCCUGCACCGAGUGGGUUCGGGGGCGUGUCGGCGUCGUAUGCGCCCACUACCUCAGAGUCUGGGUCUGGGGCGCCGAAGGUGAGUAGGACGAUGCAGUAUGCGGAUCCGUAUGCUGCUGUGCGGGCGUCGCUGGCGUCAGGUACGGGUGCGCCGGCUCCGACGAAAUCUAGUUAUGAGCCGUAUACCGGGUACCGAUAGUGUAUCGUGUGGUGGAUUAGACUGGUGAUAUUUAUGUAUAUGGUGUUGUGGUUGGUUGACGUUUACGCGGAUACAUACCCCGCAACACGCUUACAAUCGCUCUCCUCGUUAGCGCUUAUAAUUUAGGUCGGACUGUGUAUUAUACAUGGACCAUUUGCAUUGCAUCUCUUUUUAAACUGUACUGAGCUUUAGGGAUUAUCACCGUUUCAAAUCAGACUAUACCAUUCAUAACAUGCAUGCAUA